AUGUCCCACGGGACCUACUAUGAGUGUGAGCCUCGGGGUGGCCAGCAGCCACUCGAGUUCUCAGGGGGUCGAUCUGGACCCGGCGAGCUGGGGGACAUGUGCGAGCAUGAGGCCUCCAUCGACCUUUCCGCCUACAUCGAGUCUGGAGAAGAACAGCUCCUUUCUGACCUCUUUGCCAUGAAGCCAGCGCCCGACGCCCGAAGCCUCAAGGGCCCAGGAAACCCUCCGCUCCCCCACUACCUGCCGGCUGACCCUCGGCCAUUUGCCUACCCCUCACACACCUUUGGCCCAGAUAGGAAGGCUCUGGGGCCUGGCAUCUACAGCAGCCCGGGAAGCUACGACCCCAGGGCUGUGACAGUGAAGGAGGAGCCUCGUGGGCCAGAGGGCAACCGAGGCCCCGGCCGUGGCAGCUACAACCCCCUGCAGUACCAAGUGGCACACUGUGGACAGACUGCCAUGCACCUCCCGCCGAGCCUGGCGGCGCCUGGCCAGCCCCUGCGCGUCCUCAAGGCCCCGGUGGCGGCGGCUGCCCCUCCGUGCAGCCCGCUUCUCAAGGCCCCCUCGCCAGCGGGCCCCUCUCACAAGGGCAAGAAGGCGGUGAACAAAGACAGCCUGGAGUACAGGCUGCGGCGCGAGCGCAACAACAUCGCGGUGCGCAAGAGCCGGGACAAGGCCAAGCGGCGCAUCAUGGAGACGCAGCAGAAGGUGCUGGAGUACAUGGCUGAAAACGAGCGACUGCGCAGCCGCGUGGAGCAGCUCACCCAGGAGCUGGACACUCUGCGCAACCUCUUCCGACAGAUCCCCGAGGCCGCCAGCCUCAUCAAGAGUGUGGGCGGCUGCAGCUGA